AUAGCCUAAAUAAUAACAGGCAUAAUCUGUAUCUAAUAAGAAAAGCAGGAAAGCCGUAUAUGUCGCGAAUAAACCUGUAUCUUCUCCCUCCAAAGUGUAGGUGUGUUUCCACCAGACGAGUUGGUUGUGUAUAAAAGCGGAGGAUUAAUCUGUCGUCAAAAAACUGAAGGCAGUGACGACUCGGGCCGUGAUUGGACGAGCUCCUCUCAAACCCUCCCUUUAUAAUUUCUCAGGAGUGAGUUCGGAGUCUUAAACACACCAACACAGCUAGGACACACUUAAGAGCACCCUGCACUUUCCAACCCCUAUUGCAAACAGAGAAAAGACACCGCACGUGGAUACAAGAGGUUUGCUGAACUACUGAUCCGUGCGUAUGGACUUUUAAAUGCUGAAUUAGAGCAAGGGGUUUGACUUUUUUUGUUGGUCGCAAUUGAAAACAGAAGCUGAUGAUUUAACUGUCCGACUCUGUGCAUGUGCUCAACGCACAAAUAAAAAAGCUUAUUUUUUAAUUCAUAAUCCAUUUUUUUCCUCUAAAUAGUCCACUUUCUUCUCUAAAAUUGGCUCCUGUACAAACAGCCGCGUUGGAUCCCUCGGGUUACUGCGAGACUCCGGUGUACAACCCGGAUCUCUGUCCAAAUAUGAUCGCCGCCCAGGCCAAGCUGGUGUAUCAUCUCAAUAAAUACUACAACGAGAAAUGCCAGUCUCGGAAAGCGGCCAUCUCCAAGACCAUCCGGGAGGUGUGCAAGGUGGUCUCAGAUGUCCUGAAGGAGGUGGAGGUCCAGGAGCCUCGCUUUAUCAGCUCCUUAAACGAAAUGGAUAACCGCUUCGAGGGGCUCGAGGUCAUCUCCCCAACAGAAUUCGAGGUGGUCCUGUAUCUGAACCAGAUGGGGGUCUUCAACUUCGUGGACGACGGCUCUCUGCCGGGCUGCGCCGUGCUGAAGCUAAGCGACGGGCGGAAGAGAAGUAUGUCCCUCUGGGUCGAGUUCAUCACGGCUUCGGGAUACCUGUCCGCGCGCAAGAUCCGCUCCAGGUUCCAGACGCUCGUGGCGCAGGCGGUGGAUAAGUGCAGCUAUAGGGACGUGGUUAAAAUGAUCGCGGACACCAGCGAGGUGAAAUUACGCAUCAGAGACAGAUACGUGGUUCAGAUCACCCCCGCGUUCAAGUGCACCGGCAUAUGGCCGCGCAGCGCUGCCCACUGGCCGAUGCCGCACGUCCCGUGGCCUGGUCCGAACAGGGUGGCAGAAGUCAAAGCCGAGGGUUUCAAUCUCUUAUCGAAGGAGUGUUACUCGUUAAACGGGAAGCAGAGCUCGGCGGAGAGUGAUGCCUGGGUGUUGCAGUUCGCCGAAGCGGAGAACCGACUGCUCCUGGGAGGGUGCAGGAAGAAAUGCCUGUCCCUGCUCAAGACGUUGCGCGACCGUCACCUUGAACUACCCGGGCAGCCUCUCAACAACUACCACAUGAAAACUCUUGUGUCUUACGAGUGCGAAAAACACCCGCGCGAGUCGGACUGGGACGAGAACUGCCUCGGGGAUCGACUGAACGGGAUUUUAUUGCAGCUCAUUUCGUGCUUGCAGUGCAGGAGAUGCCCCCAUUAUUUUCUGCCAAGCCUAGACCUUUUCCAAGGAAAGCCACAUUCGGGCCUUGAAAACGCUGCCAAACAGACUUGGCGAAUGGCGAGAGAAAUUCUAACCAACCCUAAAAGCCUGGAGAAACUCUGAGGUAAAAAAAAUAAAUAAACGGCAUGUUUGUGAAUAGGAGGUCUGACCGAUCAAAGUUCUGAGGCCUAGACGAUGCUAAUCAGGAACUCUUCCACAAAAUGGUCACUGUUGAAACCAACCCAUGUUGUAAAAAUAUUUUAGAGAGCUCCGUUUAAAAAUGCUUCACGUGACAUUAAUGUGUCUUAAGGAGGGAGCAAAUUGUAUCAACAAUCAAAAUGAAUGGUGACCUGUCAGUAUUACUGUUUCUUUCUUUUCUUUUUACGAGCCCUGCCCAACAGCACGUUUUACCUAAACAAAGCUACGUGACAGAAUACAACUUGUACAUUUUAUACUGUAAAUAGACACAUUUGUAGAUUGUGAAUCCAGUGGUCUGCAGUUGUGAAUGUUGUUCUGUGACACGUAAAUAGAAGUAUCAUUUCACCUGUUUUAACAUUCGCCUGGAUUAUUUCUGAAGAGAGAAAGAGGAAAAAAACAUUUAGACCUUCAUCAGCGAUUUAAUCUAUUGUCAAUGACAAAUUUCUAAAGUUUACAUUUUAAUGGUACUAUUUGUUACGUUCCCGAACAUUCCAUACGCAUACUUGAAUUCUUAUUUAAAGUAUAUUCGACCGUUUUUGUUUGUACCUUGCUUACCUGAUAAAAGGCUGAAAUUGAGAAUAUAUAUAUAUGAACAAAUAUACCUGAAAAUAAUGCACUUGAAAUACACUGGAAUAUAACAUUUUGUGAUUUGAUUUUGUUUUAUAUCUGUCUCUGAGUUUAUUUAAAGAGUUAAUAAAAACAAAUUAAUAUUUGUGUCCAAAUAAUGAUUCAUGAUGCAUAAACAUUGCAGCGUAAGAAAAGGCACGAUUUUUGGGGAUCUUUGAGCAUCUGGAUCUUUGGCAUAAAAAUGACACGAUGUAGCCUGAUUCUUACAAAAUAAUAAAAAAACAAAAACGGGGAAAACACCAAAAGAAA